AUGCAGGCUCUGGAGCAACGGCCUUCUCGUGGUGGAGCCGAUUGGAUAUUCUGGUACUCUCCAGAUGUUCAACAAACCGUUGCAACAUACCCUCCCUACAAGACAUCAAUAUCACGGGUUUUUUCGCCUUCGGAGCAGACUAUACCGGCCAGCCUGCUCCGCUGUCUGCUAUUAAGAGCCGGCAUUGAAUCGAAUCCUGGGCCACCAAAGAUCUGGAUCUGCCCGAUUUGCAACAUGAAGAUCAACAAAACACAAUACUCUGCCCGUUGCAGAUCCUGCUGCAACUGGUGCCAUCUUCAUGAUUGUUCCUCCGACUUUGGCGGUUUCUUCAUCUGUAAAAACUGCCCUUCCCCCAACCCCCGUUCGAGCAGCUCGGCGGCCUCUGCUAUGUCUAUGAGACACUCUCAAACCAGUUCAACCUUUAAAACUGCGAGGAUAAUAUCUCAUCCCGCCUAUCAAAACACCACUGGGUUCGUGGCCCAUUUCCCCGGUCAACUGACAUUCCUCCAAUGGAACAGCAAUGGUAUCAAAAACAAGAAGGACGAACUCCAACAGCACCUUGAAACACACAAAAUACACAUUGCAGCACUCCAAGAAACAAAACUCACCUUCCGUUCUAAAGAGCCAGAAUUCGAUGGCUACUCUCUAUACCGCAAAGACCGUGGUCUUAGACAGAGCGAAUCUCAAGCCAUAUUCAUCAAUAUCAAUAACAAAGAUCUCACCAUCAUUAAUACUUACAUACCUCCUCAAUCGGUCUGCCCGUCACACUUCACAGCCUCUAUCUCCGACCUUCUAUCCAAUCCGAAUACUAUUUUAAUGGGUGACCUGAAUGCUCACGACUCGCUGUAGCACUCCAACAUUCAGGACGCGCGAGGUGAAGCACUGGCAGUCGAGAUCGAUGACUCUGAUUGCGGUUCGUUAAAUCUUGAUUUUCCGACCCGUCUCCCCAACAACAGCCAACCAACUUUUCCUGAUGUCUCGAUAGCAUCAGAUUCCCUGAUAUCUUCUAUAGACUGGAUCGUACUUACCACCUUGUCUUCUGACCAUCUCCCUAUUCACAUUACUCUGCACGCUGA